AUGUACCUGAUGCAUCUUGUUGGCGCGACAUUGUUCGCCGACAAGAGUGGGGGGCACUCAUUCUCCGCCCGUUGGAUAGGCAUGCUACAGGAUCUUGAGCGGGUGUCGGAGUUCGCGUGGGGCGCCAUGGCCCUUGCCACGUUGUACGACCAGCUUGGACAGUCUUCUCGCAGCGGGGUCAAACAGAUGGGCGGUUACACUUCCCUGUUGAUGGCCUGGGUCUUUGAGCACUUUCCAGACAGGCUCGUUCGCCGGUAUGCGAACCCGGCUUACACAGAGGACCAGCCCAGAGCUCGUAGGUGGACAGAGUCACGGUCGGGGCAUGCUAGGCUUGACGAGAGGCGAGUACUACUUGAUGAGUUGACGGCCGACGACGUCACUUGGACUCCAUAUGAGGCCCACAGGGAAUGGCGACAGCGGGAUGAGAGGGCUUUGUUCUCAGGCUACAUUCGGUGUCCCUAUCCCCCUGCUGUGCGACCUCAUCUUCCGGAGCGGGUCAUGCUACAGUUUGGGUAUAUACAGACGAUCCCGCGCCACCCUAGUGAGAUGGAUAGAUCUCCCGCAGCUGAGGCUGUUGAUGCGGCAUUCGCAGGUUAUGUGCAGUACUUGUUCCCUGAGGGCGACCCUGCUAUAGAGGAGGGACAGGCUGUGGGCGGUUACAUGGAUUGGUACGCUAGAGUGUCUCAUUGUUUCAUCAUACCGGAUGAGAGGAGGAUUGAUCUCAGUGCCGUGGUAAAUUUUAAAUUUUAUUUCUAUUUUCUUUAUGCACUUGUGGUUUUCUGUAUGUGA